AUGAAAGAGGCCGAAACACCACACACCUAUACGGUACUUGUCAGCGUUAGGGUUUGGGCCUCUAUCGACGUCAGUGUUGGACUAUUAUUACUCGUCCUUAAUGGGGUCCAGAGUGGAACGAGCUCAUCCUCACGUGUGGUUCAAGAACACCAGACUGCCAGCAGUUUUCUUACAAGAUUGGUUGGGUUCCAUGAUCGGGGGUCCAUUAAUUUGUCUGAUGCUAACUUAUCUUGCAUGACUGUCCUCCUCCCUGAGAUUCUGAAGAAGGAAAGGUGUAAUUUUAAGUUGGAACACGAGCCCCAAAUGUUGAAAAAUGAUACUGAGAUUUCACGCCUGCGGAUGAUUCAUUCUAAAACCAAAUCAAACUCCAAAAAGAGGGCCGUUUUAUGUCAAACCCAAAUGACCUUGCCUCGCCAAUCAAAGACGUCCAUGUGGGACCCCAGUUCACGUGGGGAUGUCCCCAUCAAACCCUCAAGAUCCAAGGCUCUUUGA